AUGGAUAAUCGAUAUAGUAGUGUUUGGGAACAUUUUACUAUAAUUGAUGGAAUUCACGCAAAAUGUGAUAUUUGUAAACGUAAAUACUCUUAUAAAUCCACACUUACAAAUUUGAAAAAACAUUUAUCCAACCGACACUUAAUACACUGUUCACCAGCUAAUAAUCCAGUGAGUCAAAAUCAAAACACACACCAAGAUAAUAUUGACAAUCCAGACGACUCAGAAACUCGUGAUCCUCAACCUUCUACAUCUGGAUCAUCAAUGGCACCUGUAUCUUCAUCAGCCAGUAUUUGUAUGUCGAGGCCAACUGAAGUUGCACGUAAACACUACCAACCAUUUAGAGUAGUAGAAGAUGAAGGGUUUAAAGAAUUUGUGAAACUGUUAAAUCCAAACUUUAUUCUUCCUGAUAGACACUCUAUAUCCAAAACAUACAUACCAGCUUUAUAUGAAAAAUGUGUUGUUGAUAUGAAAGAGUUGGUUGAGAAGGAAGCUGAAAGUGUCUGUAUGACAACCGAUUGUUGGACUUCUCGUAACAAUGAAAGUUUUAUGGCUGUUACUAUCCAUUUCAUCGAUAGUAAUUUCAGCUUGCAUUCAGUUCUCCUUGGGUGUUUUGAAUUUAAUGAUCAUCACACAGGACUUAAAUCCAUGGGAUGUUUUGCACAUACUAUGAAUCUUGUCGUUCAGUCUUCCCUUACACUGGAAAAUAGUUUGUUAGAUCGAGUAAAGGCAAUUGUUACACAUUUUAGAAAAAGUACUGUGGCAAAUAAUAAACUACAUACUUAUCAAAUUAAUAAUGGUAUCAGUCAACCAAAAAAAUUAAUUCAAGAUGUUCAGACUCGUUGGAACUCAACAUUUUAUAUGAUAAGUAGGUUUGUUGAAUUGGAGGACUCUAUUCGUGGUACAUUAGGUUUACUGGAUAAAGCGCCGGAAAACCUUAAGGGUGAAGAAUGGGUAAUUCUAAAAGAAAUGUGCCAAGUACUUAAGCCUUUUGAAGAAGCUACCAGAGUUGUAAGCGGAGAAAAAUUGAUGACAGCUUCACUGGUCAUUGUUUUGUCUCAGGGUCUAGUUGAUGUAUGCAGUAAAAUGUCUAAAAUGAAUUAUAACCCUAGAGUUCUUGAUAUUGUAAACAAGCUAUUGUGUACUAUGCUUGAAAAAGACACCUGGAAAAAUUUAGAAAAAAGUAGAACAUUACGUCGAAGCACAUUUUUAGACCCUCGUUUCAAAAAUAUACCUUUUUUGCAUAGUACAUCUAUUCUUGAGACCACAAAAGAUGAUAUCAUUGAAAACUUGACGGCGAUUAUUCGAAUUGAAAACAACCAAACAGCAGAACGUAAUGAACAAAUUCCACCACCUGAGAAUGGUUCUGAAGAGGUACGGGACUUGCAAACUUUUGGACAUCAAAGUAUAUCAAUUUGGGAUACAAUUGAUCGUAACGCAGCAGAGGUACUACCUACUGGAACAUCAACAUCUCGUGCAAUCAUUGAAGUCCGACGUUAUUUAGAAGUUGCUAUACUGCAAAGAAAUAACGAUCCGUUAAAUUGGUGGCGUGAAAAUAGUUAUAACUAUCCGUAUCUACACAUAUUAGCAAAAAGAACACUAUGCUGUUUAGGUACAUCAGUACCGUGUGAAAGAGUGUUUUCAAAGGCUGGAUUAAUUUUAAAUGACCGUCGUUGUCGUCUGAAAAAUGAUAAAGUUAAAAUGCUUUUAUUCCUCAACUAUAAUUCAAAUUAA